AUGGCAGCCGCAAGGAUCCCUGCAGAUGUAGCGCUGCGAGAAUCCACCCUGCAAAAGUUGCGGAUGUUUUCAGAGUUGAGAGGCAAACCUGUGGCACCUGGAGAAUUCUGGGACAUUGUUGCAAUAACAGCUGCUGAUGAACAACAGGAACUUGCUUAUAAGCAACAAUUAUCAGAAAAGCUGAGCAGUAAACAGUUACCCCUUGGAGUUAAAUAUCAUGUUUUUGCUGAUCCUCCUGGAGCCAAAAUUGGAAAUGGAGGAUCAACACUUUGUGCCCUUCAGUGUUUGGAAAAGCUAUAUGGAGAUAAAUGGAAUUCUUUUACCAUCCUAUUAAUUCACUCUGGUGGCUACAGUCAACGCCUUCCUAAUGCAAGUGCUCUGGGGAAAAUUUUCACCGCUUUACCUCUUGGUAACCCCAUUUAUCAGAUGUUAGAAUUAAAACUAGCCAUGUACAUUGAUUUUCCCUCCCGUAUGAAUCCUGGUAUUCUGGUUACCUGUGCAGAUGAUAUUGAACUUUAUAGUCUUGGAGAAUCUGAGUUUAUUCGGUUUGACAAGCCUGGCUUUACUGCUUUAGCUCAUCCAUCUAGUUUGACUGUAGGUACCACCCAUGGAGUAUUUGUUUUAGAACCUUUUAAUCAUUCAGAACAUCGAGACCUUGAAUACAAGUGUUGCUAUCGUUUCCUUCAUAAACCGUGUAUAGAAACAAUGCAGCAAUGUGGUGCUGUGUUUAAAGCCAGACAUUUUUCUCAACAGGCUUUUGCUGGAGAUAACACUCGUUCUCUCAAAUUAGACUCUGAUUAUGUCUACACAGACAGCCUAUUUUACAUGGACCAUGCAUCAAUGAAAAAGUUACUUGCUUUUUAUGAAAAAAUAGGACCACUGAACUGUGAAAUAGAUGCAUAUGGAGACUUUCUUCAGGCUUUGGGACCUGGAGCAACCAUUGAAUACACCAGAAACACAUCAAAUGUUACUAAGGAAGAGUCAGAGUUGAUAGAUAUGAGGGAGCGAAUAUUUUAUCUUCUUAAAGGAACUUCACUGAAUGUUGUUGUUCUUAACAACUCAAAAUUUUAUCACAUUGGAACAACUGAAGAGUAUUUGUUUCAUUUGACAUCAGCUAGCAGUUUGAAGUCAGAGCUUGGUUUAAAGUCCAUAGCUUCUAGUAUCUUUCCAGAAAUACCAGAGUACUGUGGUAAAACACCUUGUAUUAUUCAAAGUAUACUGGAUUCAAAAUGUUUGGUGGCACCUGGCUCAGUUGUGGAAUAUUCCAGAUUGGGGCCUGAUGUUUCAGUUGGGGAAAAUUGCAUUAUUAGUGGUUGUUAUGUUAUAACAAAAACUGUCCUGCCUGCAAAUUGUUUUGUGUGCGCUUUAAGUUUAAAGAUGAGUAGACACUUACGGUAUUCAACUAUGGCAUUUGGAGUGCAAGACAGCAUAAAGAAGAAUGUUAAAACCUUCUCAGAUCUAAAGUUGCUUCAAUUCUAUGGAGUCUCUUUCCUGUCAUGUUUAGAUAUUUGGAGUCUUAGCCUUACCGAGGAGCUGUUCUCUGGAAACAAGACAUGUUUAAGUUUGUGGACUGCUCGCAUUUUCCCAGUCUGUUCUACUUUGAGAGACUCAGUUACAACAUCCUUAAAGAUGUUAAAUGCUGUAAAGAACAAGUCAGCAUUCAACCUGAAUAGCUAUCAACUAUUGUCUAUAGAAGAAAUGCUUGGUUACAAAGAUGUAGAAGACAUGCUAGCUUAUAGAAAACACAUUUUUUUAGAAAUAAGCUUAAAAGAAAAGCAAUCUAAUCUAGAAACAUCUUAA